AAACAUCUCGUCCCCACCACACCAUCCUGAAACACGAACAGGUUUCACUGUGGUAGGUGGUGAGGACACCCACCACACAAACAUAGCAACAAAGUCUUUAGCAAAGAAAACCAAACACCGUAUACAACAAAGAGACUCACGUAUUCCAUCACAGCCGCACAGAGAUCGAGUGGAUAGAAAGAGAAGUAAGGGAGAGGGAACGUCUGGAAGAACAGCGACGAUCACCGACAGACAAAUACGCAUUUCUGAAAACUCUCAACGAAUACUGUGAUAGGGCGAUCGGCGUUUCCAGCACAACUUGAUAAGACGUUUUCUCAAAGGCCAGAGCGAAAAUUUUAAACAUAAUACAACAAGAUGCCUUCCGACAGCGUGAUGGAUUUCCCUUCCCUGUUAUCACGGGGUUACAGACCGGCCGACUUGUCGCGGAUUGUUCCCAAGGAGCGCCCGAAGGAUUUCCUCAAGAAAGACCACCACAACCACGAAGGGGGGGACCACCGCGGCGACAAGAAAGAAGGUAGCAGCAACUCGGACGAUCGCAAGGCCGAACACAAUUUCGCGGCUCUGAUCGGAACCACGGCGGGCGUUUCCGAAGAUCGGUUCUUGUCCAAGCUGGAGCGCGACGAAAAGGCGAACCGGCUCGUCUGUCAACUGGUCAUGAAAACGCCGAUAUAUCGGAAAUACCUGCGGAGGGACGACGACGAGAAUCCGAAAGAAGAAGCCGCCGCACGGUUGGAGUGGUCGACGAAGAUGAUGGGGGACAACGCGGACCUGAGAUCCUAUGCGCCAAAAAUAAAAUGGGUUUCGCCGCUGGCUUCGGCUCUGUCGCUGUCCUCACCAGACAUUGACAACAGCGCUGUGCACUCUACAAGCACCGUUACCAUCGAAGAAAUCACAGAGGACGAGAAUACCGACGGAGACGACGGCAACGGCAACCGCAAAGCGACCGACUCCGACUCCGACAGCAGCAGUAGUUGCAUCAAUCAGGAGAAAAGCAAAGACACUGCGCAGGUGGACAAAAAGAGCACAGAUCAAACCAAGAAAAACAAAAAGGAAAAGAAUCCCUUCGCGUCCUCCUUCCAUCAAGUAGAAUUAAUGGAUUGGGAGUCAAACAUCGAUUGGCAAGGAUUUAAAGAACCUUCCCACAACAAAAGUAUUCUUGCUUCAAUGAACGACAACACUGGCGCGAACAAAGCAACACCCCACCCUUCUUCAACUUCGAAUGCUUCGACCACAACGAUAGACGCAACCGCCACGGAUGCCAUGUCACUGCUCGAGAAACGCAGAAAUCCGUUUCUAGAAAACAUAUCCUUCGAGAAACUCAUUUCAUGGACUGGGGAUCCGGACGAAGCCCUUCGGAAGGCUCGUUCCGAACCACUCAUUCUAGAACUCGGCGUGGCGGGAAGGUCCGUUGCAAAAUACGUCCUGCCCAACCACCGGCCGACGCCGUAUGCAAAAUCCAACGAAUACCAGGCACGCCUCGGGCUCGGCGACGGAAAGUCGAAAGGAGCAAGGACGAACGGUGCCGUGCGAUCCACGGCCGAACUCAACCGAGGAACAUUGCACGCGGACAAGGAAGAGCUGCAGCGAUUCGUCGAAUCGCGACAAAUCAAGCGUCGACAGAUGGCCAAGGACAAGACCAACCGUGUGAAAGAUGCCAUGGGCACCUUGAGCUUGCUGGGAAGAGGACGGGGUCGGACGAUCACCAGUUCGCUGAUGGGACCCGGAGGAACGGAACGAACCGGCCGUCCCGCCCGGCACGUCGGUGCUAGCAGCCACGAACACGAGUACAUAGAACAACUCGAAAUGAUCACGAAUCAUACACUGGUAAAAAAUCCCUCCAAGAUCAUGCUGAGAGAAUACAACCGACCGAAACUUCCCGGAACGAUUGUGCAGACGUCCCUGAGCUGGCAGUUCUGUAUUCGCUACAAUGGGCCUUCCGCGGCCGACAAACAGAAGAAACCGGAAACAAACAGUGCAUCGAGUUACCAUUCGAUGAUAAUGGGCACGUAUGCUGGUGCCGUGAGCAAGACCAAGCUCAGAACCGAAGCCGAUCUCACUCCAACCGAGGGCAAGCUGGUCUUUUUUGAGUACUGCGAAGAAAGACCUCCGCUCCAAUUGACCAAGGCAAUGGCCUCGAAAAUUAUCACUUAUUAUCGAGGUGACAAAUCGAAGUGUCCUGUGUCUGCUGGAGGGGGGGAUCGUCCAACCCGUCGGAAACGCCAAGCGAACAACAAUGCAGGACUUGGCGCCGAAAAGAAGGCGGGAGCCGACGGUGCGAAUACCAAUAGCGUAGACAAACCACCUAGAUUGUUUGGACCGAACACGGAAACAUCUAUCACCGACUGGGUUGGAAAAGCACCAAAGAGAAGCAAAGAUGAUCGGAAAAAUGAAAGGGAGAACUACAACAUUCUCCCAGAGGGAGUUACGGAGAUUUUGCAUCAGAAGGCACACGGUCCAUUCAUAGGAGAGAUCGAAGAAGGCCAAUCCGUGACUGGCCUGAUCAGCAAUCUAUUCGUGGCACCAAUCUUCCAACACAAACCCGAGCCCACAGAUUUCUUGAUGAUAGUAGGGCGGAACUCGGGUGCCUCUGUAGCAGGUCGUGCGGAAUCGUUGAGCGUGGUUUUGCGAGAUAUGCCAAGCAGCAUGUAUACCGUUGGACAAACUGAGCCACGGACUCGGGUGUACGCUCCUAAUACACAAGGAGAAAAGAAUUUCACCGGGCCAUUGCUAUCGUACCAAAUUGCGAAGGUAUUGACGCGAUCAGAAAUGAAAGACGGUCAUGGCCUCGACUUCGAAACACUUGGACAUCGGACUUUCCCAAAAUUGGGUAGUAAUGGUAUGCGACAACGAAUCAAGCACGUUGCAUUGUAUGACAAGAACACUCAGAUUUGGACAGCCAAGAGGAUAGGUCAAGAUGAUUACCCUGGAGUAGAGGCCUUGGGCAAACAACUUUCACCCGAAGGGGUAGUUGCUUGGGAGGUCGCAGAUUCAGCCAAACAACGCAUGAACGAUUUAGGCAUUCACCAACUCUAUGCGGGAUCCCAUGCCACUGCCAGCGUCGGUGUCACCAUGUUCUAUUUGGCCGGCCAAAUGAUUUCAAUAGAAAAAUUGGCGAACAAGGUCGCCAACCUACGAGAUACGUUCAAAUCGAACAAAGCUGUCAAGCCAUUACAAAGAAAAUACUACGAAGAAGCCGCAAACGAACUUGAAAUUAUGUCCAACUCGCUUAAGCAAAGGCACGACGUCGCGAAAUUCAUUCACGAGGAACUGCAACUUGCUCCUUGGCAUGUCACCGGUGAAUUCACGGACGUUCACGUCAAGGGAGACGGGAGCGGCAUGAUGAAACUGACGGGGCUAGGUGAUCCUAGUGGCAUCAAGCAGGGAUUCAGUUUUCUUCGAGCGGAUGACAGCAAAGCAAACAAGCACGCGGGACCUAUCGGCCAGACUGCUGAAAUGAAGAAGAUCACCGGAACAUCAGACGAUUUGAGAAAGUUGACCAUGAAACAAAUGGGUAAUAUUCUCAAGAAACACGGUAUGCCACAAAAGCAGAUCGACACAUUGAAGCGUUGGGAUCGAGUUCAUGUCAUUCGUGAUAUCUCUACUAUGGGAGCAAGUGAUGGAGUGGGCGGUGGACUCGAACGUUUUGCUCGUAAGGAGAAGAUCAAUUUGAACCAGCAAAAAAAAGAGUACACAGAUCGUAUUCAGGUCAUCUGGAAAAGUCAGAUCGACGCCCUGUCUAGCAGACCUGGGGAUGGUCGUGCGGAAGAAGACAAUGGCGAUGCCCAAUCUGAUGGAGAAGAAGCUGCACAACAAAAGAAGGAAGCUGCUGCGAAAGAUGAUUCCGACGAUUCUGACGACGACGACUUUUUAAAAGGCCUGGAACAAGAUUUGAUAGUUCAAUCGAAAGCUAAUCAGCUUGUGGCCGGGCAGUCGGGGGGAGACGCAUCGCUGGGUCAACUCCAUUUAGCAACACAAGAUCAAGCCAUAAACAACGAUGCGAGGGACCUUGCCGCCUUUCAACGCCAACGAAACGAGGAACGUGCUGCACAAGAAGGAAUGACCUCUCACUCACCGACGAGGAGUCCGGGUGUGGGUGCGCCCCAAGUAAAUCGCAAGGUUAUCCGGCAGCGUGUUACGAAGACUUAUCCUACGGGGCACUCGAUAACUGUGUUUAAGUUCAUUGUCAAACCGGAAGAAGUUGGCCAGAAUCUGGCUCGUAUGAAUAGGGAAGAAUACGACCCACCAAAGAAAAGCUACGUCAGACCUGAUUAUAUGCCAGAUGAGAAGCAAAUCGGGCACGCCAUGUUCUCGGACGAAGACGAUUUUGAAUUCACCACUCGAGGCUCACGAAGCCAGGGUACCAAGAGAAAGGUUGGGGGCCGCAGAGGUCGAGCAGCCGGCCGCACAAAGAAGAAGGAUCUGCAGUUUGGAAAGCUCAAAAGCAAAGUUACUAAGGAGCAAAGGAUUAAGAAACGAAAGCGAGAAGAAGAUGAAAUGGAAGUUUACUCUUCUUUCCAGAGGAGACAAGGCACCAGCAAUCGCAAAGAACGCGGUUCUAUUCGGGAUCGACGACCUCAUGUAAUUUUUGCGAACAAAUUGGAAUCUAUACGUGGUGCUGCCGAGAGUAGACCCAGCGCCAGUGCAUUUCAUAAACCUGUCAGCAGAAGGGCAUAUCCUACAUACUAUGAGAUGAUCAGCCAUCCCAUGGAUAUGGCCACGAUCAAGAGCAAGAUCGAAAAAUAUGAAUACCGUUCGGCUGAAUCUCUGUUGAAAGAUUUCGAUUUGAUUAAGAGCAACGCCAUCAAAUUCAAUGGCGCUGCGCACUCGCUUGCCGUAGAAGCGUCUGCCAUCUAUGACAUGGUAAAGAGCAUGAUCGAAUCGAAUAAGGCGGAACUUUCUCACUUAGAACAAGCUGUUGCCGACCAAAUGAACACACAACCAAAGAAGAAGUCCAGCUCGAAAAAAAGCUCCACAACUUCUGCUGGUGCCGGAGACGUAAGCCAAUUGGGUUCAUGGUCGGCUGCCGAUAUCAAUCUGGAUGAUCUAAGCGACGACAGCGACUAAAUAGGGCGGCAAUUAUGCCUUGCAUUUGAGAUGCGUGAUAGGAUGUGAUUAUCAAAGUACAAGUGAAGGGUGCUCGUAUAUUUCAAUGGAGGCCACAUGACAGAGUCUGUGCUUUACGCCAUCAUGUCCGAUUCGAUACUACAAUGAGAUGAUGAAAAUUUACUUCGCAAAAAAUAAACAAUCCGAAUUAAAAAGAAUUUCAAGUC